ACUGUAGCAGCUGUAGUACCUGUAGUAGCCGUAGUACCUGUAGUACCUGUAGUACCUGUAGUAGAUGUAGUAGCUGUAGUACCUGUAGUAGCUGUAGUAGCUGUAGUAGCUGUAGUAGCUGUAGUAGGUGUAGUACCUGUAGUAGGUGUAGUACCUGUAGUAGCUGUAGUAGCUGUAGUAGCUGUAGUAGCUGUAGUAGCUGUAGUAGCUGUAGCAGCUGUAGUAGCUGUAGUACCUGUAGUAGCUGUAGUAGCUGUAGUACCUGUAGUAGGUGUAGUAGCUGUAGUAGCUGUAGCAGCUGUAGUAGCUGUAGUACCUGUAGUAGCUGUAGUAGGUGUAGUAGCUGUAGUAGGUGUAGUACCUGUAGUGCCUGUAGUAGCUGCAGUAGCUGUAGUACCUGUAGUAGCUGUAGUAGGUGUAGUACCUGUAGUAGGUGUAGUAGCUGUAGUAGGUGUAGUAGCUGUAGUACCUGUAGUACCUGUAGUAGCUGUAGUAGGUGUAGUAGGUGUAGUACCUGUAGUACCUGUAGUACCUGUAGUAGCUGUAGUAGCUGUAGUAGCUGUAGUACCUGUAGUAGCUGUAGUAGGUGUAGUACCUGUAGUACCUGUAGUACCUGUAGUACCUGUAGUACCUGUAGUACCUGUAGUAGCUGUAGUAGCUGUAGUAGCUGUAGUACCUGUAGUAGGUGUAGUACCUGUAGUAGCUGUAGUACUUGUAGUAGCUGUAGUAGCUGUAGUACCUGUAGUAGCUGUAGUAGCUGUAGUACCUGUAGUACCUGUAGUACCUGUAGUAGGUGUAGUAGCUGUAGUAGCUGUAGUAGGUGUAGUACCUGUAGUAGGUGUAGUAGCUGUAGUAGGUGUAGUAGGUGUAGUAGCAAUAGUAAUAGUAAUAAAUUGCUUUAUUUGCAUGACCGCAUCAUUUUACAGUAUUGCAAAAGCAUGUAUAUGACAAUCAAAAUAUAAAACAAAACAGCGCUAAUAAUAAUCUAGAAAAAUUCGGUUACAUUACUAACAAUGAAUCACGUAUUUUCAUGCAGGAGGAAACAAACUUCAUAACUAACUUAUUUACAUGAUGUUCCUUCGAAUUCAUUAUCAGUGUUAUGCUUUCUGGAGGUGACUUCUUGUCAAAGUCAGGUAUUAUUCGAUUGAUUUGAUUAAUAAAUGCCUGUCUCUGUACUGAGUAUUUGUCACAUUGAAAGAGGAAAUAAAUCUCAUCUUCUACCUGAUUUGAGUUACAUAAAGGACAUAAUCUAUUUUCUCUUGGCAAAUGAUCGAUUUGGUAUCGACCAUGUUCAAUCAUAAGUUUGUGAUUACUUAUUUUAAAUUUAACAAAAUUCUGUCGUUCGUCAUAAUGUCUUAGCUGGUAGAGAUAAUCAGAUGUAGAAUAUUCAUCUUUAAAAUUUUUAUAAAAUUCUAGUUUUUUUGAAUUUUCGAGGCUGUGCCGCCAAAAAGAUAGAUAUUUCUCUCUCAUUUCUGUGGUAUAUCGUCUAAUUUUAUCAUUAUCUAGAGAUUCAGCAUCUAAACUGGUUAGAUUGUAUUGUUCAAGCAUGUUUAUGAAAUUGGAAAAAUAUCCGGAAUUAUUCAUAGAAUGUAGAUUCUUUGACAUAAGGAAAGACUGUUUGACUAUAGAGUCAUUAUCUUUGUUGUUGAGGUAAACAAAAUAUUUCAUAAUUUUCUGAUUUACCGGGAUAAGCAGCGGCAGUCUAUCAAGUUCAGCUCUGCAGGCUAUGUUAGAGGCCUUAUUGUUAACCUCUAAGUAACGUUUACAGAAUUUGAGGUGGAUUUUUUCUAUUGGGUAGCUAUCCCAUUUUUUAAAAUCUUGCUUGGUAUACAUUCUCCAUACCUCGCUGUUGUAACUCAAGAUUGGGAAUACCAUGGUGUCAAAAAAUUUGGGAUGCAGUAUUAGGAUUAAGUUUGUUAAGAAUUGUCCGCUUCCGAAUACUAGAAAACGCGUGAAGGGCCUUUUCUUUUAAGUGUUCGAGUGCAAGUGUAAAGUUUCCCGUUGGAGUUAAACGUGUACCUAAAUAAGUGUAUUCUUGGACAAUUUCAAUUGGCUCACUGCCUAUGUUGAAUUUGAUGUCAAUAGAUUUUUUUGGGCGUUUCUGGAAUAUCAUAAUUUUUGUUUUCUUCGGAUUAAUUUUUAGCUUCCAUUUGUCACAAUACAAAGAAAGCGCAUUUAAACAGUUCUGUAAUCCAGUUUUCGAUCUUGAUAGAAUAACUAAAUCAUCUGCGUAGAAAAGUGAAUUUAUUUUUCUCCCAUUUGGGAGAACAAAUGGGUCAGAUAAGGUGUUUUCGAAUAAAAGUGGUAGAUUGUUUAAAUAGAGGUUAAAUAAAAGAGGACUUAAAAUACAGCCUUGACGCACACCCCUGUAAUAUGAAAAAGGCUGUGUUUUGUUUUAACCGAUUUUGAUGGAACAUGUCGAGUUGCAAUAAAGACUUUUCAUGAGGUUGUAGCUGUAGUACCUGUAGUACCUGUAGUAGCUGUAGUAGGUGUAGUAGGUGUAGUACCUGUAGUACCUGUAGUACCUGUAGUACCUGUAGUACCUGUAGUAGCUGUAGUAGCUGUAGUAGCUGUAGUACCUGUAGUAGAUGUAGUACCUGUAGUACCUGUAGUACCUGUAGUAGCUGUAGUAGCUGUAGUAGCUGUAGUAGCUGUAGUACCUGUAGUAGCUGUAGUACCUGUAGUAGCUGUAGUACCUGUAGUAGCUGUAGUAGCUGUAGUAGCUGUAGUAGCUGUAGUAGCUGUAGUAGCUGUAGUACCUGUAGUAGGUGUAGUACCUGUAGUAGCUGUAGUAGCUGUAGUAGCUGUAGUAGCUGUAGUAGCUGUAGUACCUGUAGUAGGUGUAGUAGCUGUAGUAGGUGUAGUAGCUGUAGUAGCUGUAGUAGCUGUAGUA